GUGCAGAGAGAGAGAGAUGGGUACAAAGGCUAGCACGAUGCCAAUCAUAAGCAAGAUGUACUGUUCCUCUUCGCAGGUUGUGCUUGUUGUUAGGAGGAGGCCACAUGUAAUAAGUGGUGGGGGUUUUGUGGUGACAGAUUGUAGUGAUCAUCAGAAGGUCAUUUUCAGGGUCGAUGGCUGUGGAAUUCGAGGCACAAAAGACGAGCUGCUUCUGAGGGAUGGCAAUGGAGAUGCUUUGCUGCUCAUCCGCCGAAAGCAGGGGAGAAUGGUUGAGGCUCUAAGCAUUUAUAAGGAUUGGAAGGGAUACAGUUUUGACUAUGAAGGUUCUCAAAAGUUAGUUUUCUGCUUAAGAGAACCCAACUUAUGUGUGGUGAAGAACAAUUCAAUGAGAAUCUCCACAGAACCCAGGGUAAGCAACAAAGACUGGGACUUCGAGAUCAAAGGGUAUUUCCCUAACAAAGAUUGCAGCAUCAUCGACACCAAAGGCAAUGUCGUGGCGCAGAUUGGAGCAAAUGUGCAGGAGUUGAUGGCAAGCAAGGAUCUGUACAAUGUGGUGGUGAAACCCGGCAUUGAUCAAGCUUUUGUUUUUGGUGUGAUUGCUACUCUCGACUACAUAUAUGGUGAAUCUACGAGGUGUUGAUCAUUCAGAAAUUAUCAGACCACAACAUAAUGCUUUCUGUCACAUAUGAUCAGAACAUGAUGCAUAUUAUGCUAAUCAUGCCUUCUCUUUUCUUUUUCCUUUUUGUUUUUUGUUCUCUUUUCAGCAGGUAAUGUAUAUGUUUGUGUUGA